UAUUUUCUAUCUAAUUGUGUUUAUAUUUCGCAUUCAUUCAUAAAUAGAAACACUGAAUGGAUAAUAGUGAGUUUUAUGUCGCCAUUUAUUACUUACUUUAAUGCGAAGGGUGCGGAGCAAUAUGCUUCCAUUAUUAAUGACGCAAAUAAAAUUCAAAUCUUUCGAUCAAUUAAAAAUGAAAGAUAAAGGAGUUAAAUAAUUAUAUAUUGUCAAAUGAACUUUCGGUUUUUAUUUGCGUAAAGCAGAUAAUAGAUAAUGGACAUAAAAAAAGAUAUAAAUGUCAAAAAAUCAAAGUAUCUCGAAUGAGAGGCAUCUUCCCCUUGUAUCGUUUCUCUCCAAUAGGAAUCGUUUGUGCAGAACCGUAGUUUACAAAGAAAUGAAUUUUGUCAAUAAGUUUUAUUAUAAUGUUGUAAACAUCAUUGUCCUUAGAAAACUCUAAACGUACCUUUUUCUUCGUUAUCGUGGUCGUUCAGGCAAAGUAUGUUUAUUAUAUGCACCAAGAUUGGCACUAUAUAAAAAAAAUUAAGUUUCUCUAUAUUCAAUGUGUCACGAUGAAACAUUCGAUUUCACGCGAUCAUAAAUUUAUGAGUCGCGGGAGUGUUGAAUUACUCGUUUAUUGAUCGCUGUCAGUGACAAUAAUCUAAGAAGAGUGUUUCGUUGCCAAAUGUUAUCGUACUAUCCCAAACAUUAUGUACCUUUCUAUAUUAGAGUACGCUAUUGUGAUUUGCUAAGGAACCGAUAACCUAACAACUAUAUCGAAUGUUAGAAAAAUUUCGCAUAACAUUUCACACAUGAAAUUGUAACGACAUUUAAUGUUUAGCAGCUUAUUUCGAGUUUCGCGUCUGUGUUACAAAAUAAAGUGUACACAUAUGUGACGCAAUGUUCUAAUUCAAAUAUUUACGGAAUUGUUACACGUCGAGAGGAAUUAAUCAUACUUUACAGGAGAUUGCAAAAUUGUAUAUUUUUAUAUAGUGAAAAUGGCCCAUGCAUUACCGAAGCUUAUUUGCACUCCGAUAAAUACAUCAAAAAUGUGUCCAUCAGAUUUCACUACUACUCUAUCUGAUGUGUUACAAUCGGAUCCAGUAAAAAGGUUACUCAAUCAACCAAAUAUUAUUGUUAAAAAGAUACCUUUAAAAAUAAAUUCAACAUCUGUCUCCAACGAUAAUGUUUUAACAAACAAAAUACAUAAUGCAGAUCCAAAUGUAAAUAGAACAAAACAGUCAGAGUUAUCAGUAAUACCUUUACAGACAAAUCAGGAGGAAAAUACAGAAGAUAAAAAUUUCUUACCUUCCAAGAAGCAUGGUGAAUCAGAAAUUACAUUAGUCCCUGUUACGAGAGAAAGAAAACCUUGUGGUCAUUAUGAACCUUGUGAAAAUAUUAUAUGCGAAGUGAUAGUACAACAAUAUGUAGACCGUGAUGGAUCAUCACCUAUGUUAGCCAUUAACAUAGAGGAAAGUGAAAUAGAUGCACCUGUUUCAAAACAUUGUGAAAAUAAAAUGUGUGAUGCAUUAAGCAUUGAUCAUGAUCGUUGUCGCAGAGCUAUAAUUAGACUAAAUAGAUGUAAUCAAUCAAUAACUUGUGAUAUUUGUGGUAUUAUGUUACAAACACAAAGAUCUCGUAUAUAUCACAGGAAUUGUAUAAGGAAAAAUGAAUACAGGCAUAAUGAAGCAAGCAGUGCCAAAAUAUUAAAAAAAAGAAUGAGAGAACGAGAAGUUCAAAUAAUUGAAGCUUCUAAAAUGAAGAGAACUAAUUAUACAGAUCCUAUUACAGGGUAUAGCCUUGCAAUGGAAACUUUAAAAAAUAACAAAGAAUUAAUUAUUAUUCCGAAAUCAGUUCCCUUACAGCAACAACAACCACCUCCUUCACAACUACCACCACCACCACCAUCACCAUCACCACCACCACUAUCACCACCAUUACCACCACCACCACCACCACCACCAACAACAACAACAACAAUUACUAUAAAUUCUAUGUCCACAAAACAAUCUACUUCACAAAUAAAUAAUGUCAAUGUUUUUGGGAAACUUUUAUCCAAUAUACCAAUUGUAUUACCACAACAAAGUAUAGUCCUUAGCAAAACACAGAGUUCUAAUGAAAAUAGUAUAUCUAAUCCCAUACAAUUAGCUGUAUCAGAAACCUUAACUAGGUCGUUCAUAACAACAACCAGUACAGUUCCCUUACCUCAAAAUCAUUACAUUACAUUUACAACACAAGCUAAUACACGUCCAGUACCAAUAAAUGAAUUACUCUUGCCACACUCACAAAUUGUCACAACACCGAUUCAGCCUAAACCAUUGUUAACACCUAUACGUGUUGUACCUAUAACUAACUUAAUAACAGAACCAUCCUUACUGCACAAAACACAGGGUAUACCAAAGUUUUGUAUCAUGCCAGAUGAUAAAGCACCAUCAUUGACUAUAACGAAUUCACAAUCUACUCAACAUUUAGCAAUUGUGCCAAAAGUUGGAUUAUCAACUAAUUCAAAAACAGCAUCACAGGAAAAGAAAAAAAUAGUAAAGAAGAAACGAAGAACGAAAGUUUUUAAAUGUGACUAUUGCCUUAAACACUUUAGUACAGAUUGGUAUUUCAAAAUACAUGUUGCUAUGCAUAGAGGUGAAAACCAAGUCACCUGCAAAAUAUGUAAACGAUUGUUUAGUAAUCGAUACGAUAUGAAGAAACAUAUAUUCAAUGAUCAUGAGAGUCAAAGCAUUAGUCCUAGUAUAUGUAAUCAGCAAAUUACUGAAGAUUCACAGACAAGCAACCUUGACAUACAACAAGAAGUAAAAAAAGAAGAUAAAACAAAUGGAUACAUUAUUAUGCCUACUCAAGAAAUUGUCAAAAAUAUCAAAACAGAACUACGUCAUGAAGUAUAAAUCAUUCCAGAUUAGCAACUCAUUGAAACAAAGAAACAAUUGUCUAGAUUAAAUCGUCUGUUAUAAAUUUCGAGUAAGUUAAUUUGUAAAAAUAUGCAUAAAACGAAAAUUUUAUGUUACAUUGUACAAACAUACAUAUGUUUUAUGUAAUUGUUUAUUUUAAUUUCUGAAAAAAUUAUUGCAAUAUUCUUAAAUUCCAUAAGACAAUAUUUGGUUUAUUUAUAAAAAUAUAUUUACUUUAUUUAUGAAACAAUUCUAAAUAUUUUAAUGAAUAUCAUAGAAAAAUGUAUUAUAUGACUGAACAAAUUUAAUAUUUUUUAAAUGAGAACGAUUACAAAAGUCGACGAAGAUUAUGUAUAUAAUAAUGUAAUCUUUCAAACUGUGAUAUAUGGCCAUCUUUCCACUAUAACUUCUUUUCAAAUUAUCUAAAAAUGUAUCGUCCUUAAUUGCAUAUUUAAUAUAACUUUAAGUACAAUAAUAUCUUUUUAUACACUGAAAUAAAACUAUGAUUAUGGACGUGGACGAAAAUAUGAUAGACAUAUCUUAAAACGCACAAAAGAAUAAUUCAACAGAAAAGAACGAUGUGCAUAUUUUAGAACUGGAAAAUUUGUUAUUGAAUGUAAGAGUAUUUUAUAUGGAAAGAAAGUUAAAUGCCAUUUCUAAUACGUAGAUACAUAUAAGUUAUAUUGUGUUCCUUUUAUUUUCAAAUAAGUUGUUUAGUUGAAAGUAUUCAUUCACAUAGACUAAAAUUAAUAUACGAUAUAUAUUUAUCUAUACUCUUUUUUUAUUAAAUUAUUUUUCAUUUUUACUAUUUCUCAACAAGAACUAUUGUAACUUUUACAGAAAAUUAAACGUGUAAAUAUUUCCUUGCUAUUGAAUAAACAGUAUUUAGAAUAGGAAUACCAAUAUGAAAGAAUUUAAAAUUUUUAUAUCGUUAUAGAAGCUAAUUUGAGCUUCGUAAUUUAUGUUAAGGUUUUAGUAAAUGUUAACAGAAGAAUAGACGAAAUAUUUUGCAAAGAUAUAGUUCCUUGGUAAUAAAAAUGAGUAUUAUGUGCCUUUAAAAUUUCAAUGUUCCUUAUAUAAAUAAGACAGUUAAUUCAGAAAAAUAAAUAUUGAUUAUAAACAACAUUAAUUUAAUUAAUUCGUUCUAUUAUCUUUAAUUGACAAUAAAAAAUACAAUUUUAAUAUAAUUGCGUAGUUAAAUGGAACACUUUUGCUUUAAUAUAAGUGUAAUAAAGAAAAUUAUAUGUGCAUUUAAUAUUCAUAAUACUCAGUGUACAAAAUUCAAUGUAAUAGUGAAAAUAGAAUCUAAAUGUUUCACAAUUGUGCAAAGAAAUGGUGUUAUUAAUGAAGGAUAUUAAGCAAAUUAUUUUUGAAAUCAUAAAAAUCACUGAAAUGGUAUAUCAAAUAAAAUAUAUUCUGAGCAAAAUAUGUCAUAAAAAAUUGUCUGUCGUAUUGUAUUUAUAUAAAAGGUUUUAAAAGAAUAAAUCACUAUUUAAUAUGAAAA